GUAUAGUUUCGCAUCUUAUAUCAACAAUGGCGGUCGUCUGUGCCAAUCGGAUCUUCUCCAGUUUAAACCGAUUUGGCCAAACUUGUAGCCUAAUUCAGACCGGGAGUCAACGUAGAAAAAUUUCGAAAAUUGUAAAUGAGCCUGGAGUUAGACCAGAAUUUGGUAUACUCUUCGAUAUUGAUGGAGUAAUAGUUCGGGGAAGACAAACUCUACCAAGAGCAAAAGAUGCGUUUAGAUUAUUAACAGACGAGAAUAGAGAGUUUUGGGUUCCAACCGUUUUUGUUACAAACGCCGGAAGUGCACUACGUCAAGCAAAGGCUGCUCAACUAUCCAAAUGGGUAAAUGCUGAGGUAACGGAAAAUCAAGUGGUUAUGUCGCAUUCUCCCUUGAAAUUAUUUAAUCAAUUAUUUCAUAAACACGUUUUGGUUACUGGACAAGGGCCUGUUAGGGAAAUUGCAAGGAAUUUAGGAUUUCAACGAGUUACAACAAUAGAAACAUUACGUCAAGCCUUUCCUAACUUGGAUAUGGUUGACCAUUCCCGACGGAGAGCUGCACCCUGUGCGUUUGAAAAGUAUUUUCCUCCAAUAGAAGCUGUAGUUCUAUUUGGAGAACCUAUUAGAUGGGAAACUAACCUGCAGUUAAUUAUAGACGUUUUAUUAACAAAUGGUCGGCCGGAUAAGGCACCAGAAAAACUACCAGAUCCUCAUAUACCUGUUCUUGCUUGCAAUACAGACUUGCAAUGGAUGGCCGAAGCUUGCAUGCCAAGACUAGCUCAUGGGUCAUUCUUAUUAUGUUUAGAAAGUUUAUACAAGAAGAUAAGUGGAAUGGACUUGAAAUAUACAUCUUUGAUUGGAAAGCCAAAUGAAAUAACUUAUCAUCAUAGUGAAUGCGUGUUACAAGAAGAAGCUCAAAAAAUAGGUAUUGAUAAAUCAUUGAGAAGAAUAUACUUCAUUGGAGAUAAUCCCGAUGUUGAUGUUUAUGGAGCUAAUCUCUACAACCAAUUAAUCGCGCUAAGGAGGCAGGGUCAAAAGAGAGUUGCUGGGGGAGAAGACAUCAUAGAAGAUGAUGACAAGUGGGUCGAUGAAUGUAAUAGUGUACUCGUAUGUACUGGUGUUUAUAAUGACAUGAGAGACUAUAACUCCCAAAGGGAAAUCUCAUAUGUUCACAGAGAUUAUACAGCUGAUCCAAGGUUAAGAAAACCUAAAAUGGUAGCUGUUGACGUAUAUGAGGCAGUUCAUAUGAUACUAAAAAAAGAAGGACUAUUAUAA